AUGAUGCCCUCUCAUCUCAAUGAGUGGUUAGGCAUAGCCCCGAGUUCGAUUCUCGGUUUCGGAAUGUUUUGCUUUUGCUAUGUUGACGAUGUGUUCACUCACUUUGGCUACCUAGUUUUAGGGACUGACACUACCUACCCAUCCAAGGUGAAGGUACCUUUUGUGUUCAUGAAACAGCCUCCAAUUGAAUAUGUCUCUAACAUUAAUCAACAUGUAGUUGAUCAAAAUGCGAGGCUCAUGACGGCGACAGGACGACCUUCAUUUAGAGAGCCCCACCACACCCAGACGCAGCGGAAAAUAGCACAAUGA